GGCUUCAACAUCUUCCGCUACGGCUUCUCGUGGAAUAUUCUGCAGCCUGACCUCAGCAAGCCAUACAAUCGAGACUAUUACGAUGCAAUGCACAGCAAUAUCACCAACAUGGCCAAGGAUACAAAUGUCUUCGUGAUCCUCGACUUGCACGACUUUGGCCGGCACUCGGGACAAUUGAUUGGGGAGUCGACAGACGCUCCUACCGCUCAAAGUCUGGCGACCCUAUGGGAAUCAAUUGCAGCCGACUUCAAGGACCUUGGAAACGUCAUAUUCGGCAUUAUGAAUGAGCCGGAAGAGUUUGCCAAUACCGACACGGUCAUCGCGUAUCUCCAAGCUGCAGUUGAAGCCAUCAGGGCAGCCGGCGCAACCAAACAGUACAUCCUGGUGCCAAGCAAAGAUUGGCAAGGCAUCUCAACCUGGCUCAAUUACUCCGAUAGAACCCUUGGUAUCAGCGACAGCGAGAAUCGGCUCAUCUACGAUACUCACAGCUAUCUAGAUCCGAAUAGAAACGGUACCAUUGACUGCGAAGAUUUCUCCAACAGACGAUCGGAAUGGGACGCAGUCACGGUCAAGCUUCGCAACAGCGGGAAAAGAGCUUUCCUCAGCGAGUUGGGUGGCAUCGCAUCCGUGAAAUGCGAAAAGUCCAUCAACGAUGCCCUUGCUUACCUCGACGAGAACAAGGAUGUCUGGUUAGGCUGGACUGCAUGG